AUGCAUCUUCUGCUCGUCCGUCACGGCGAGUCGGUUGAUAAUGUAGCAGGUCUUUAUGCAGGCUCCCGCGACUCUCCCUUGACAAACCAUGGGGUCCUUCAAGCUAAGCGGCUAGGGGCUCAUAUCGCAUCACAUUGGGACGCCAUUGGCCCUAUCACGCAUGUAUUUGCAUCGAAUCUACAGCGUGCUUGCAAGACGGCAGAAGCUAUCGUUGAGGCCCAGCUAGCAGCGAGCUCUACGUUAGCAAGUGGAAUUGAGAUUGCUCGCGAGGUUAUUCAGCUAUCUGAACUACGAGAAAAAGACUUCGGUUCAUCUGAGGGCAAGAAGUUUGGGACGAGAACCAACGGGUCAGACUCGGAAUCCCGCGAUGCGAUGAUGGUUCGAGUGAACCACUUCUUGGACGAUCAUUUGCUCCCUCUUCUCCACGAUUGCGUGUCUAAGAAAAGCACCAUCGUCAUCAUUGCUCACGGCAUCAUCCUCAACGUUCUCCUCAAAGCUCUUCGCCUCCGUCUUCCUACCAGCGCAUCCUCAUCAGUGGUCCAGGAUGGAUCCUCGAAUAGUAACGUCGAGUAUGUUACCUGGAGCAACACGGGUGUGCUACAAGCACGGAUGGAGGAAGUCGAGACGGUACCUGAGCGGCCAAGCCUGGACGAGAAGAAUGCGCCCGGCGAUGAACCCAGUGCGCCGGAGCUACCUGAGUGCCUGCCUACAUCAGAUGCCCUGGAUUCUAGGAGAUUUGCGUUCGUAGUGCAAUCAACUAACAACACAGAUCAUCUUCGUGGCCUGAAGAAGACGCGGGGAGGAAUUGGUAGCGCCAAGUCUGAUUCCCGGCAACGCACCAUGGACUCGUUCUUCGCAGUGACAUCGAAUAAGCGAAAGGCGACUGAGGAAUAA